AUGAAAGUCGAAAGCAACAACAGCGACGUGAGCGACCCGUUCGCGGCGUCGCAGAUUAUAGGCGAUAAGCUGCUGCAAGGCUGGACCUUGCUUAAUGAGUGUUGCCACAUGUGCAUGGUGACUCCCCUCAUUAAGCAGAAGAACAAAGAGGAGAGAUUCUGUGCCAAGUGCAACGUGUACAUUGUUUCUGAAAAACCAGACGGGGAUGAACUCGUCACUAAAGGAAGCAGCAACAUGGAUGGAAAGAAAAAUGUCGAAGGAGAAUGCCAAAGGGAUGUCCACCUAGAGGGUUCGCAAAAUUUGACUUCCGGAACAAACAAUGCAAAUGUAGAAGCCGACACAUGUGUCUCAGCAGAGAAGCAGCCAUAUCCAGAUUCAUAUGCAGACCCCAUUUUUGAGGAAAAAAUGUCCCCCAUAGAAUUCAUUAAGGAAAUAAAACUCCAGCAUGACGAGUUCAACCAAAUCUUAAACAAAAAUAAAAUCACAAAGGAAGAAACGGAAAAUUUAAUAGAGUACAAAAAAUACAUAAAGGAAAGGUGCGGGUAUGAACUGGGCGCGUGGAUGAACAGUAAUGGAAAUGGCCUCAAUGGCAUUCAAAUGAGUAAUAAAAAAGAAAGCCAAAAAAAGGCAACUAGUUUAGCCAACAAGGAUAUGGAUAUGGAUCCCGACGUGGAAGAUAAAAAGCAAGACAAGUUUCCACAUGAAGGAAAGAAAAAUCACCAAGGACAUAAACAAGGACACUCGAGUCAGAAGAGAGAAUAUGUAAGUGACUCCACACAAAGACGCCCAGAUCUUAUAAUCUCGAAGGAAAAUUAUUUCCCUAGUGGAAGAAUCGAUUUUAACAAAUAUACAAAUUACAAGGUAGACUUUAUGAUCCUGGACAAUGCUAAGGAUGCCUUCAUGCAAAAGCUAGAUAAGUAUGUGAAACAGCUCAGCAGCUGUGAUAGUAAGAGUGACGAGAAUGAGUACAUUGGCCAAGUCGCCAUUGUCGUUGACGUACUAGAAAGGUUAAACAAUUUAAGAAGAAACAUUCACAUAGUCAUUUAG